AUGAAUCUGUCGGUGUUGUUGCUGCUGACUCUGCCAGUUCUAUCCCUGGCCAGCCUUCAUGACUCUGAGAAUAUCACAGAGCAGAUGAAAGAUUCCUCUGGAACUCCUCCAACUGCAGUGAGCAGAGCCACACUAACAACUCUGACUCUUCUAAGUGCUGCUGAGCUGAGACAGAAGAGGACAGUUCAGCCUUCUUCCCUUGUGCGCAUCAAUGGCACUAACCUGAUGUGGGUGACCUGGAACAGCUCUCUUCUCAAUGAUGCUGUGUCAUUUUACAACAAAUAUGAUGAUCGCCUUGAUUAUAUCUGCAAAUACAAGUGUGAAGCUGGUUUUUAUACCCCCAACAAAGGUCAUCGUUGUCACUAUCCUAGCACAGAAACAAACAACAAAGGAUUCCCCUUUGAGAUUCUGGUCAACAAAGACAACUUUGAGAUCCUGGAGUGGAAGGAUGGUUCAUCUGGUUCAGUGCCCCAGAAUUCAGUCUGGACUUGCCCAGGGGAGCAAAUAUUUGUGGGCAACAACUAUUAUGGACUUGGGAAAGUGUCCACUCAUGAUAAAGCCUUCUACCUUUCUUAUGAGGGUAGUGAAUAUUGGUACUACUACUAUCAGGUCCUGACCAUCAGCGAAAAUGUAAUCAGCCAACAGAUCUAUAAUGUCCGGUACAAAACGGAUGUCUCUGACGUCUUGCAAUUUUUUCCUGAGGUCAUGCAUCGAGCGAUCAUCAGCAACUAUGAAUGCCACCCAGUGGUGCAAACAAAGACCCUCUCAAAGACCUUUCAGGUGGAGCAGAGGUGGGACUUCAUCUUUUCUAUCAGGUUUGGUGCUAAAACAACCAUUAAAACUGGCCUUCCCUUCAUUGCCGAAGGAAAAAUUGAGUUCAGCACUGAGAUACAGUUCCAGUUCACCACAGGAACCACUGUGAUGAAGUCCAAGACCUAUACUGGGUCUGUGGUGGUCACUGUGCCACCAAACCACUCCUGUGAAGUUUCCAGCAUACUGCACAAUAACAAAGUUGACAUCCCGUUCACAGCACUCCUCAGGCGUACCUACGGUAAUGGCGAGAUCCACACGACAUCCAUCACUGGGACAUAUGGUACCACUCAAGUUGGAAAAAUCCAGGCUGUGGUGGAUCGAUGUGAGCGUCUAGAAAAAGCCAAGCCUUGUCCAAUCCCAUCCAAAUCCAGUAUGAUGACUAAUGAUGCUAUGCUUUUUUCUCUUAACAUCAUUUUCUUAUUCUGGAUUUGA